UCUAGCGACAGCAUAGUAUCCUCCGUUGUGCAGUGUUUACGGGUAAACAUGGAAUUCGAGAGCAUGGUGUAUCACACUUAGGAUGAUCGCUCCUGAGAAUAUGAUUCACAGGCAGGUUUUGUUGUCUCAGGAUGCCUGUGAUGUUUGGCUUACCCUCAGCUGACUGAGAAUGCUCCAGUUAGAACCAGUGUGUGAAUAACUUCUUGACCUUCUUCUUAAGAUUUGAUGUGCUUUGCGUUAGCGAGUCAUUAUGCUGAUGCACCUCUGUAGUGUUAAGAACCUGUACCAGAACCGGUUUCUGGGCCUGGCCGCCAUGGCAACACCAUCGCGGAGCUCCCUGAGCCGGCGCCACUGCAAGAACGGUGUGCGCUAUAGCUGCGCAGCUGAGCCGUACUGCUACAGCAGUGACCCCGACCCACUGACUCUGCCUCGCUCCACCAGUGACACAGACCUGGUGUCGCCACUUAGCCGCUCCACCCUGACUGUCAGCACCUCCCUUUACUGCAUCGGCCAGUCUCAGGAUAUCCUCAUCUGCUGGGACAUCAAAGAGGAGGUGGAUGCUGGUGACUGGAUAGGCAUGUACUUUGUUGAUGAGGUUCUUUCAGAGAACUUUCUGGACUACAAGAACCGUGGGGUGAAUGGGUCCCAUAAAGGGCAGAUCAUUUGGAAGAUCGAUGCCAGCUCAUACUUUGUGGAAAAUGAGACCAAGGUUUGUUUCAAGUAUUACCAUGGAGUGAGUGGAGCACUGAGAGCUACCACCCCCUGUGUGACAGUGCGGAACACUUCUGCUACUGUGUUGAAGCCCGUUGUGAGACAGGAAGUAACUCAGGAUCUGGGAAACAGGAGGCUCAUAAGCUUCUCCCUGUCAGACAUCCAAGCAGUGGGUCUGAAGAAGGGAAUGUUCUUCAAUCCUGAUCCAUAUUUGAAAAUAGCAAUCCAGCCAGGAAAGCACAGCAUCUUCCCUGCUCUCUCCCACCAUGGCCAAGAAAAGAGAUCUGGCAUUAUCUGCAACACUGUCAACCCUAUCUGGAAGAGAGAGCAAUUUAGUUUUGUCUCCCUGCCCACGGAUGUUUUGGAGAUCGAGGUGAAGGACAAGUUUGCCAAGAGCAGACCCAUCAUUAAACGCUUUCUGGGAAAACUCUCUAUGCCUGUGCAGAGGCUUCUGGAAAAGCAUGCUAUCGGUGAUCGUGUGGUGAGCUAUGCUCUAGGGCGCAGGUUACCAACAGAUCAUGUCAGUGGCCAGCUGCAGUUUCGGUUUGAUAUAACAUCCUCCAUUCAUCAUGAUGACGAGGACGUGUCUGUCAGGGCAGAGCCAGACAGCGCAGAGGCCCAAGAGCAGCAGGCAGCAGAUGAGCAGGACAUGGGCCCAGCAGCAGCUGCUGACCUUUCAGCAGAGGAUUCACUGAGUGUGGGGCCAGACGUAGCUGAGCUUCCCGAGGAUGACUGUAUAGAUGUGGAGGCAGAGAGCCCCAUUUGCACUGCUUCCCCCACCAAGUCCAGCAACCUCUGCCCUGCUGAUGCUGAGUCUGGAGUUGAGGGAACCGAGGAGACUGGUGAAGCAGUGGUGGUGGCAGAGGAAACGGGAAGCAAUGAAGGGGAAGAUUUAUGCAACAAGGUUCAGCUGGAGGGAACAGAGGAGCAGAGCCAUGAGGAACCAGCUGAAGAACCAGAAGAGGUGGAGCAGGAAGCGCCAGAGGUGGGUGUGGUGGUUCUGGACGCUUCUGGGGAUGAAGCUGCCUAUGAGGUGGGUAUAGCAGAUGAGGUCACUGUAGAGGAGGGCGUAGCCACAGAGAUGGGAGGGGCUAUCAGCCUGGAGCAGACAGAUAUGAGUAAGGAGGGAGACAGAAGCACGCUGAAGCGCCUUGGCAUGAGACGACGGCCCUGCUCGCUGCCUGUGUCUGAGCUUGAGACGGUCAUUGCAUCUGCCUGCGUGGAGCCUGAGACGCCACGCUCGCACUACAUCCGCAUCCACCACCUGCUGCACAGCCUGCCCUCAGCCCAGGAGCACUCCCACAAUCAGGACAGUGAGGAGGAGCUCGUCCUAAAGCCCAUGCAAGACAAAGAAGAGGAGGUGGAAGAGAACGAGGAAGGAGUGUCCGAGGCUCAGUCUCCCUCAUUGGUGCUAGAGUGCCCCGGACCCUGCUGUCGGAGGAUACUGCCUCGGAGCCUGUCCAUUGAGCGGCUGUCUGAGCUGAACCAGCUCCUGGAGGGGGAAAGCCCUUCACCACUCACCCCACACCCAGACAGCGAUGAUGGGGAUGCGGACAGCAGCAGGGCAUGCAGGAGGGCUCCCAGGGGGAGCGAAUGUGAACUGUGCGACAACUCCUGCUACAGCACGUCUUGUUACAGCACCUCCUGUUACAGCACCUCCUGUUACAGCAACUCAGGCUACGAGGGCCGUAACCGCCUGUGCAGCCACACACGCCUCUCAUCCGUGGACAGCACGCGCCUGUCAGAGAGCACCGUCUUCUCCUCACAGGAGGAGGAGGAGGAGGAUAACAGUGCUUUUGAAUCAGUGCCAGACUCUAUGCAGAGCCCCGAAAUGAGGGAGCUGGGAGCUGGCUCAACCCAGUGGAGCGAGGACCAGAGCGAGGCAGGUCAGCAGAUAGGAGAGCAGGGUGAGGAAUCCCCAGAGCCUGGACCCAGUGUCAGGUCAUCAGGCGCUAGCCAUUUGCCAUGCAGUCAUCAUGCAGUCACUCAACUACCUGCUUUGCGAAACAACCCCCAACAUAACCCAAGUGUUGAUGAGCUGUUGCCACCAAACUGGGAAGCAAGGAUAGACAGUCAUGGCCGUGUGUUUUACGUGGAUCAUGUGAAUCGGACCACCACCUGGCAAAGGCCCAGCCAUGCAGCAAAAUGUCCCAGUAUGCAAAGAUCUAACUCCAUCCAGCAGAUGGAGAAACUCAACAGAAGGUAUCAGAACAUCCAGAGGACCAUGGCAAGCGAGGAAGAGCAGGAGGGUCAGAGUGUCGAGGGCGGCAGCAGCACAGAGCCUGAGAGCGGCCUCGCCCCUCAGCCUGCUGAUCUGCGAAGAGAGGGCUCCUCCUCCUCCUCCUCCUCCUCUUCUUCCUCCUCCUCACCAGUCAGCAACCAGAAGGUAACUCUGCUGCUGCAGUGCCCAGCAGUCAAGUUUGUCACCCACCCCGAAUUCUUCACAGUCCUCCACGCCAACAAUGGAGCCUACCGGAUGUUUACCAAUAGUACCUGCCUAAAGCACAUGAUUCUGAAAAUCCGGCGAGACGCACGCAACUUUGAGCGCUACCAACAUAACCGUGACCUUGUAACAUUCCUCAACAAGUUUGCAGACACCCAGCUGGAGCUCCCCAGGGGCUGGGAGAUCAGAACAGACCCCCAGCGCAAGUCAUUCUUUGUGGACCACAACAGUCGAGCCACCACUUUCAUUGACCCCAGAAUUCCCUUUCAGAAUGGGAGGCUGCCCAAUCAUCUCACACACAGGCAACACCUUCACAGACUGCGCAGCUACAGUGCUGGAGAGGCGUCUGAUGUGUCUCGGAGUAGAGGCACCUCUCUCAUGGCCAGGUCUGGGAACAGCCUGGCAACAUCCAUCAGGAGCCAGUACCAGAACGAAUCUGUGCCCUUAGCAUACAGUGAGAAGAUUGUGGCUUUUCUCCGCCAGCCGAACAUCCUGGAGAUGCUGCAGGAGAGGCAGCCUAGUUUAACCCGCAAUCACACACUCAGGGAGAAGAUCCAUUACAUCCGGACAGAGGGACCUCAGGGUGUGGAAAGGCUGUCAUGUGAUGCAGACCUGGUUAUGUUGUUAAGUUUGUUUGAAGAGGAGAUCAUGUCGUACAUCCCCACUCACCACUUCCAUCCCAGCCUCAGCUUCUCUCCACGGGGCUCUCCUGGAUCGUCACCCCAGAACUCACCAGGACCUCAGAGAGCCAGAGCGCCUGCACCAUACCGCAGAGACUUUGAAGCCAAGCUGCGUAAUUUUUACAGGAAGCUUGAGGCCAAGGGCUAUGGCCAGGGGCCAGGGAAAAUCAAGCUGAUCAUCAGAAGAGAUCAUCUGCUUGAAGGUACCUUUAACCAGGUGAUGGCCUACUCUCGCAAGGAGCUCCAAAGGAACAAGCUAUACAUUACCUUUAUGGGAGAGGAGGGUCUGGACUACAGUGGGCCUUCACGAGAGUUCUUCUUCCUGCUGUCUCAGGAGCUCUUUAACCCUUACUAUGGCCUGUUUGAGUACUCAGCCAAUGACACCUACACUGUGCAGAUUAGCCCUAUGUCCGCCUUCGUAGAGAAUCAUUUAGAAUGGUUUCGCUUCAGUGGGCGUAUUCUGGGUCUGUCUCUGGUCCAUCAGUACCUGCUGGAUGCUUUCUUUACACGGCCAUUCUACAAGGCCCUUCUUCGGCUACCGACUGAUCUAAGUGAUUUAGAAUAUCUGGAUGAGGAGUUUCACCAGAGCCUUCAGUGGAUGAAAGACAAUAACAUCACAGACAUUCUGGACCUGACGUUCACUGUGAACGAGGAGGUAUUUGGACAGGUAACGGAGAGAGAGUUGAAGUCAGGAGGAUCCAACAUCCAGGUGACCGAGAAGAAUAAGAAGGAGUACAUUGAACGAAUGGCCAAAUGGCGGGUGGAGAGGGGUGUGGUGCAACAGACAGAAGCACUGGUUCGAGGUUUCUUCGAGGUUGUAGACUCACGUCUGGUGUCAGUUUUUGAUGCUCGGGAGCUGGAGCUAGUCAUUGCAGGGACAGCAGAAAUUGAUCUGAUUGACUGGCGAUCCAACACUGAAUACAGAGGAGGCUUUCAUGAUGGACACAUUGUGAUCCGAUGGUUCUGGGCAGCAGUGGCGCACUUUAAUAAUGAACAGAAGCUGCGACUACUGCAGUUUGUGACAGGCACGUCCAGUGUGCCUUAUGAGGGCUUUGCUGCACUGCGUGGGAGCAAUGGCCCACGUCGCUUCUGCAUCGAGAAGUGGGGCAAGAUCACCUCUUUACCCAGGGCCCACACAUGCUUUAAUCGCCUUGAUCUGCCUCCAUACCCUUCAUAUUCCAUGCUGUAUGAAAAACUGCUGACUGCUGUAGAAGAGACCAGCACUUUUGGUCUGGAGUGAAAAAAUUGUGGGACUCUUAACAGACUAUUUUCUAAAUAUAUUGUACUUUAAUUUUCAGUGACACUAUCCUCAAGAGACUGUCGUUUUAUAACUGAAAAUAUCUGGGGAAUUAUGUGACAUUAUAUGAAAUGUUUGAGAUGACUUGAAAUAGCAUGAAAUGAUUAACAGAUCUAUUGUACAUAUUGUACUAAAAUGAGUUUGAGGGAGGGGAAACUAAAAUGUGUAAAAAUCUGCCCAGCCUACUAUGUUUAACUGAGUAACUGAAUUCACCUUCUACUAUUACAUUUUUUGUGCCAUGUUACUAAUGGGGCAUUAUUACAUUCCCUUGCUGGUGUGCUGUUACCAUGCAUGGCUGAUAAAAACCACAUCAGGCAAUUCAGCAGUGACCUGCACCUUCAUAAGAGCAAAUUACAUCCACUGACUUUUUUUUGCCAAAGGUCAAUGAACAUAAAUGUUUAUAGUUUGUAGAUGUCAAAUAACCACCAAUGACAGUUCGAUAGUGGAUAAUGAUUGUAUAGUGAGGAGACUUUGUGUUGUUAGCCUAUUGUUUUAUGUAUUCAUUGUACUGGAAAAUAGUAUAUAUCUAAUCACUGCAGCCCUAAUAAAGACUCAGAGUUUAGUGAAUACCUUGACUAGGCUAGGCUAGACACCUGUUAAAAAGUUUCAUCAACUAAACAACAUCAAAACAAUGUUCUGGAUCAAGUACAAAAAGAAAUUAUAUAGUGAAUGUCCUUCACUGGAUGCUAGCUCAGUGUCCUGUCCCAUCAGUUCUCCAUUGAUGGUUGACCAGAAGGAGGGGUGAUGUCCUCUGGAAUGAGAAAUGUUAAUUUGGUAUUCAGACAUCUUGUCAAAUUGGGUGAUGUAAGUGAAUUUCAGAUUAUCAGAUGAAAUGUUUCCAAUAUUUAUCUUCUCAAAAGGCUCUGUAGCCCAAGGCUCUAUUCCCAACUCCAAAAUAACACACAUGUAAGUGCUCAUACAAAAGCUGCUUGAGUUCUUCCUUGAGAAGUCAAUAUGGGGAUGCACAGUGAAAGGCAUGACUCUUAUCUCAGAUUUAUCCCCUCAUUUCUAUGCACAAUCAGAAUAUGAUUUAUCUGUCUCUAGAUAGAUAGAUAGAUAGAUAGAUAGAUAGAUAGAUAGAUAGAUAGAUAGAUAGAUAGAUAGAUAGAUAGAUAGAUAGAUAGAUAGAUAGAUAAAAGUUAAUAAUGAAUUAAUAAUGAAAUGAGUAAGUGCCCUGAUCAGGGCCUGUAUUCACAAAGCCUAGGGUAAAUAUUCAAAAAGUCCCUGCUAGAGCUCACCACAUGGCAUAAAAUAAUCUGAUCAGUGAUCUCAUAUUGACAUUCUUUAUGAAUAUGCAACCACAUGCAAAAGGUGUAUUCCAUAAUCCUUUUAAGACUAUAGGGAGCCUUUUUUAAAGCAGAAUAUAACAUUCUUUAUCUUUACAAUAAAAAACCCCAGACAUUAUACAUUCAUCAUAAAGUGAUAAAAAGCAAUGACUAAGAAUUAUCCAUAUUAUUAAACCCUGCAAAUACUGAGAACUAUGGAAUUAUUAUAAUUGGCAAUUAGUCAACCCUUAUUUAUCUUGUAAUAAUGUAUAUUAAUCUAAUUAUUUUUGUUUGUCACAUAUGUUUUUACAUGAUUUAUUUGGAUGUCCAAGGUAUGAAGUGUUUCUUUAAUGUUGUUUUUCCACCUUUUUUCUGACACACGUUGGUAUGCCAGACUAUGACUGUGAUUUUAUUCAUUAUUUACAGUGUUUUGUAUGAUGUUUUCAAUGUAUAUGCCUUGUUGGUUUUUUUAACUAACUGGGUUAUUAUUUUAAAGGGUCCAUUAACGGCAAAUAUAGAAUAUAUAGAGUUAUAAUGUUACAUCAUUUUGUGCAUAUGUUAUUUAACAUAUUCAGCAAUGUGUUUCUCCAUGUAAAUUCAGUUUCUUUUGAACUAUCAGUAGGAUUGUGGUGUUCAUAAUAUGUUUUACAUUGGCAUUACAUUACAUUGAGAAAUACAUUGAGAAAUUGAAUACCUGCCAGUUGCCAAAUGUUAAUAUGAAACUGUGGAAGUUGCGGAUGGACAACAUGUAAUGUGUUAAAUCUUUUCCUACUGUCUAUUAUAAUUUGAAUAUCUGGUAAAGAGUGCCUCAAGGGGACAGCUAAGCUCAAUCGGUAGUGGAAUCAAGUUAACAGGUUAACACUCGAUACACCAUCCAACAUGGUGUUCGGGCUUAAUUUCUACUGUAUUACAUUUUUUUGUUGAAGUUUCAGGUUCACUGAGCAGUGAGCAGUGGCAGCUCAGUGGUUAAGGUACUUGACUUAUAAUUGGAUGGUUGCUGCUUCAAGCCCCACCACUUCUAA